AUGGGUAAAGCUCACGGAAUACCUGAGCUCAAGUUUUUACAUGAAAUCAUUACAGAUGAAAUCACACCCUCAGAUGACUUCGCACUAGCCGAGCGAUGCGCAAGAAUUCAGACAGAAUGGAUCAGAUCUCGCCCAAAUGAUUGGAAUAAAUGUGACAUGUCAAAAUUACCGACUAUAGAGAUCCAUUUUGAGUCAUAUGAAACAAAGAAGCCAUUCUUAAGCCGGCUGCUGGGGCGACAGCAAAAGGGAGCCCAAUGGCGAGCCGUCAUGAAAAUAUGGACUUGCAAUACUCCUAGACUCAUGCGCCAGGGGGUUUACUGGGGCCCAGACGAUGUCAAUGAGGUCACUGGAUUUGUCCGGCUGGACGACAACCGCCUUUCUCGUGCUUGGGGAUGGGGUGGUCGUUGGAAGCACAUGCGGGCAUAUAACAUCCAGCCACCAGGCGACAAGGUGGAAUGGCACGGCAGCCUAUACGUGUUCACACAAGAAGCUGCUACUCUGGCUCGAUUUGAUCUCAGCUGUAUUACACCGGAGACGGCCGUGAAGAUGUCAGCAGACAACUGGCAGAAACGACUUGUCUACCUUGCUGAUAGGCGUCGACCUGAUCUCAGCUUCAAUACGAUCUUCGGUUCGAUGCCCUUGAAGGGCUGGUGGAUUUGGCCCAAGGCCGGGUCAUCUAUCAGUGAACGAACAACAGUGUCUUCGAGCAACAUGGCAUUGGAAUGUCCGAAAAAUAGUCCAACAACAGAUCCCAACGGCAUCACGGAGCGAUUCAUCUUGUUCGUGCGCAUCGAUAGAGACUUGCGGGCUGCUAAGCCCUAUUCAAAAGUGGACGAAAACGCGUGGCCGCUCCGAUGUUGA